AAAAGGAGUGGUUGCAGCUGCUCUCUGGGCUUUGCUAUGCCACCCAAGGACGACAAGAAGAAGAAAGAUGCCGGAAAGUCGGCCAAGAAAGACAAAGAUCCAGUGAACAAAUCUGGGGGCAAGGCCAAAAAGAAGUGGUCCAAAGGCAAACUCCAGGACAAACUCAAUAACCUAGUCUUGUUUGACAAAGCAACAUAUGACAAACUCUGUAAAGUUCCCAACUAUAAGCUUAUAACUCCAGCUGUCGUCUCUGAGAGACUGAAGAUUCAUGGUUCCCUGGCCAGAGCAGCCCUUCAGGAACUCCUCAGUAAAGGACUUUUUAAACUGGUUUCAAAGCACAGAGCUCAAGUGAUUUACACCAGAAACACCAAGGGUGGAGAUGCCCCAGCUGCUGGUGAAGAUGCAUGAACAGGUCCCACCAGCUGUACAUUUUGAAAAAUAAAACUUCAUUAAAUCAAAAAAA